AUGGUUAUACGUAUUCAAGCUGUUGUCGAUCCUGUUGUAACAAAUGUUGAUCCAAAACAUGAAUUACUUACGGAAAUAGCUGGCAGAUAUCGCUUAGCAGCUCGACAUUUACGUGAAACUCAAUCAACAUUACCAUUUGAAUUACAAUUUCCUGUUCAUGAUAUAAUUAAAGUUGAUGGUGCAACAAAUGAACUUGUUAUUCGUGCAACAAUUCGUUUAGAUUAUCAAUUUGAAUUUCUUCAUUGGGAUGCUAAUGAUACACGUAGUCGUUAUCAUGAUAUUGAUGAAAUUAUUUUAACAAAAUCAACAUUACAAUCACUUUGGUUACCAGAUUUAAGAUUUAUUGAAGAAGAUUCAAUUUCAUUUAAUAUUGAACGUGAAUCAGCUAAAAUAAAUCGUGAUGGUCUUGUUACAUGGAUACGUCGUGGUUUAUUAACAAUAGCAUCACCUAUUGAUUUAACUUAUUAUCCAUUUGAUCGUCAAUAUUUUCAUAUAAAUAUGCAAAAUAUACAAAAAACAUUUAAAUUACAUUAUCAAAAAAAUAUUCAUAGUUUAUCAUCAAUAACAAAUUCUCAUUUAGCACGUUCAGCAAGUGUAUGGACAACAUUAUUUGGUAAUACAGAAUUAAAUACAAAUAUAACAAAUAUACCAAUAAAUAUUCAACAAAAUGAUCAACCUAUUAAAACAAGUACAUCACGUGGUUGGUUUGUACGAACAAUAAAUAUUGAACCAAAAAUAAAUUUAAAUGAUAAUGGAAGUUUAGAUAAUAUAACAAUAUAUUUAUCAAUUCAACGUCGUCGUGAAUCAUAUAUAUAUACAAUUAUAUUACCAACAUUAUUUUUUUCAUUUUUUAUUUUUAUUUUUUAUUUUUCACCUGUUGAAGCACAUCAACGUUUAAUUAUUGGUUUAUUAAAUACAUUUGCAACAUUAAUUUUUCUUAUUUAUAUUGAUCAAAAAAUUUUAGCUGAACAAUUAUCACAUAGUCCAUUAUUAAUACAAUAUUUAAUAAUAUUAUUUAUGAUUGAAUCAUUAUCAUUAUUUUUUGAUCAUAUUAUACAUUCAAUAUUUUAUGGUGGAAUUAAUUUUGUAUCAAAUUGGUUACGUAAAAGACAUAAAUAUGAUACACAACAACAACAACCAGCACGUUUAUCACGUGUAACUAUGUUAACACGUGCAUUAAAUAAUCGUUUAAAUCCGAAUAGUUUAGAAAAUGAUGGACAAUUAAAUGGUCCAACAGAUAUAUUAAUGAAACAAUUAAUUGAACGUGAAGAAUCAUUAAAAUUUGAAGAUCAAGAACGUUAUCAAUGGCGUAAACGUGCACGACUUAGUGAAUGUUUAUGUUGUUGGUUUUUCUUAGCUAUUGUUAUUGCAGCUGCUAUAUGCGUUUUUCUUAUUGUACCAUCAUUGGGUUUGAAAAAAUAA